AUGGGCCCUGCUGUCCAAGCCAUGUCGCUCGCCAAUUCAAUCACUGUCACUACCGUUCCGAAGCUCUCAGAAGAUCUGUCAAACUGGCCGAUCUACAAGGAUCGGGUACAGACAGCCAUUGAAUCAAAGACAGGGCUGUCGCGACACCUGGCUGGCACUGCUCGGCAACCACGAGAGCCCGAGCUUCCUGCCGAAGAUGCUAAAGAUGAUGUUCUAGAAAAGUAUGACAAGGCUAUUGAGAAGGUUGAUGAAUACAAUCAGAGAGAAGCCGCCAUCAAGCAGCAGAUCUACUCUACGAUCCCCGACUCCAUCCUCAAUCGAAUCAAAGGGGAGACAACCGCCAAGGAAGUUUGGACGGCGCUCUGCGAUCUUGCGGAGAAGCGGGGAAAGAUGGUCGAAAUUGACAUUCGACGGCGUAUUCACGAUUCUCGAUGCCAAGAGGGCGGCGAUGUCCGUGCGCACCUCGACACCUUGAUCGCACUCCAGAACGAGCUCAUUGGCAUGGAUGCGGCUCUCGGCGACGAUGACUUUGUUGCUGUCAUUCUCUCCUCUCUCCCAAAGUCCUACGAGUCCAUUAUUUCAGUAAUGACGGCUGCUUCGAGUCUCAGUUCGAAGCCCCUUACCCCUUCCGGAAUCAUUCAGCACCUCACGCAGGAGCACGACCGGCGCAGCAUUCAAGGUCGGCUCGAGAAGAAGGCACCGUCUGACGAGACGGCGCUGUAUUCACAUGGCGGAGGUAAACAAGGAAAAGGGGGACGCGGGAAAGGAAAGAAGGGCAAUCAGUCGUCGAGUGGCAAGAAGUGUUAUAACUGUGGACUUACCAACCACAUAGCCGCAGACUGCUUCCGACCCGGCGGCGGGAAGGAAGGCCAA